GCUGGUCGCGCUUUCCUCACGAGCCACCACAGCCACUAUCACGGGACUUACCAGCCACCCCUCAGCACGUCAUCUGGUCAACUGCUUUCGUGGAUGGCAUUCACAUGUUUGCAGCAUGCGGACACUCCUAUGUGAGUACCUCGACAUGCGCUGUGACUUGGAGCGAAGUCACUUGUCACGAUCUUUUGCGUCACAAACGGAUAAUAUUGGCGUCACGCAACCAUGAUGUCUGAGACGGCAGCCUUGCCCAUCCUGGACCUCUCUAUGGCAGACAGUCUGCACCAGAAACAGCAACUGCUCGGGCAGCUUCAUGAUGCUCUUUUCAACGUCGGAUUUUUAUAUAUCAAGAACCACGGAAUUCCUCAAGAGAAAAUCAAAGCUUUGACAUCGCUUCUCCCGGCUCUCUUCGACCAAACUAACGAGGCCAAGGCUUCGCUCUCUAAGAUGAACUCCCCGCAUUUCCUAGGAUAUAGUGGUUUCGCAGAAGAGGUUACUCUUGGUCAGAAGGAUCUUCGAGAGCAAUUUGACUUUGCUACCGAGCUACCUAUUGUUUACGAUCCCAAAGGUUCAACGUCGGAUACAAGCGAGGGAAAGGACUUUAGCAAACUUUACUACCGGCUCCGUGGACCCAAUCAGUGGCCAUACGAAAAGAAUGUUCCAGGAUUCCGCAAAGCAUUUCUAGAGUACCACGAUGAAUUGCAAGCGCUGUCGUAUCGGUUUGUGCACCUCAUCGAGGAGGCCUUCGAUAUACCUGUAGGGACAUUCGAUGCUUUUUUUCAGCGGCUAACGUCGGCGAGCAACGCCGCGUAUAAGCAUCACGUCCCGCCACAGCAUCGGAUCAAACUAGUGAAAUAUCCAGCGUUACCCAGUGGCCUUGCUCGUGAAAAUCAAGGUGUGGGUGCACACAAAGAUAGCAGUGGCUGGUUAACUUUCCUCCAUCAAGUCGGCGAGGAAGAGGGCUUGGAGGUACUCGAUGCAAGUGGCAGCUGGAUACGUGCUCCGCCUAUUGAAGGCACCUUUGUCGUCAAUUUCGGAAACGCGUUCGAAGCUGCUACGGAAGGAGCUGUUAAGGCGACCAUUCACCGCGUCAUAACUCAAGGCCCGAGAUUAAAGCCAAGAUACUCUAUCCCGUUCUUCCAGGGCUUACCUCUAGAUUUGACUGUAAAUGAGGUCCGGCAAUGCAUUCCAGAUCACGUACGAGCACUUCGUCCAGUCUCGGAGAGACCAAACUCCCUAGUCUCCAGCUUCCUAGACCCGCGGUGGGACAGCCUCGGCGAAUCUCAAUUGCGAAAGUGGAUUAGAUCGCACGAGAACAUCGCCAUAAAAUGGUACGGCAAUGAGGUAGUUUCGUACUACUUACAGUAACUUAGAACUCCUGCGAUGGCCAAUGCAUGGGUUGCGGCUCGCAAAGCGAUUGUCUAUUCGGCGCUCAAUCAUGUAGGCCGUCAUGGGGUCUACUGGAAACAAGCCUGUGCCUAGAUGACCCGCCGAGUAGCUUCUCAUUUAUACACUCCCGAUUCGGCAUACUAAACGCAUUCUCAAUAUGUUAACGCUGGCGACGACAUCGCACUAGACUCAAUCCGAAAGCAUUCGCAUACACAGUGCACCUCCAGUACACGAUUCAAAAGCGCACGAACAAGACAUGCAAUCACACGUACCGGAAAUAUAUGCC